AUGGAUUAUGGUGAUACAAAAAGGAGAGUAGAACAAGAAAUUUAUGAACAUCAUGUAACCGAAUUGAUCAAAACUGUUCCUUAUCCGAGUCGACGAAGUUCCAUCGAAAAGAAGAUUAUUACGGAAAAGAAAAUAAGUUGUGGAGAGCAAAAAUCUCCACCCGAUUAUAAAACAACAUUAAAAUAUUUACAAGGAGAUAUUUCAUCUUUAGCGGCCGAUACUUCUGAUAGGAGAUAUAGAAAGUUUGAUCAAAGUAUCGGUCGAGACAAAUCACUUCCACAUGAUUCAGACGUAUCUAUAUCGUUUCGAGAAACGAAUGGUAUUACUCCAACUUUGAGUAAGUCAAUUACGAACGUAGACUCAUAUGGUUAUGAUGUCCAUGAAAUACAUACAUCAGAAGGUGGAGCUCGUAUUGUACAAACUCAUGGAAGUGGACUGAUACAUAAUCAUGGUUCUCCAAUUGAACAACGUGAUCGCUCAAUAAGUGAACAAAAGGUGAUUGGUGAUGAAAGUUUUGAACAAAGAACGACGUUAGUCCAGGAACGGGCUGCGUUAAAAUCAGCCGAUUCGAAAGAAGUUGGCUUUCUUGCUUCUUCUCGGCCUACAGUUAGUGGGAUACCUUCAACUAUAACUCCAGGUGUUUAUACUGUGCCAACGCCAACUACUGCGAAAAAUGGAUCGUGGAGACAGAUUAGUGAAAGUUUUUCAAAAUUGCGAUCAGAUGCAUCGCUUAUGACUGGUGGUACUGAUCGUUCGCUUCAUCGCGCGCAAAAAUCAUCUUCUUGUCGGCAGCGAUUCGCAAAAUUUGGCCAAAAAAUUAUAAAUCGAACGCGGUAUCUGAUUAAACAGUCAUUAUUUGCUAUAUAA